ACACGUCGGGCCUUGCCGUAAGUGCCGCGUUGGAGGUGAAGGGUCACGCAGCUGGAACUUCCUUUUUUUGGGCUCAGAAUGCCUCAGAAUGGGGAACGUUCUACCAGCCAAUCACGAACAACAGGAAAUAACAACAAAAACGAGGGCAGUAUAACAAUGUGGCGCUUUGAGUUCAUUGAGGCAACGACGACGAGGAAGAAGAAGCGGAAGCGAUGGCCUCGAUGGACCCGAUGUUGACGUCCACGUCCGCGGCGCUGUCCUCCUACCACCACAAUGUCGCCGACUUUUACCCCAGAAAGUUGGGGCCCAAGCCCGACGUGGUUCCGUCCGGCGUGACCGAGCGCAAGGUGGGCCCGCUGGACAAGCCUGACAUGGUGGCGGUGGACGUCAUCAACGUCGGCGAACACGACAUCCCGCACGUGCACAACAAGAAACACGACGCGUACGUCCUGGGCACCAUUCAUCCAUUCCGGAAGACACACAGGUCUUUUCCUGGAAAGCUCCUGCAAGAAUUCCGAUUGGUCACGUCUGACAGACGGUCGUGGAGGAUCCUGCUGUUUGGUUUUCUCAACCUGCUGUGCACCGCCUGUCUACUCGUGUGGUGCAGCUCCACCAACAGCAUGGCUUUGACGGCCUACACGUACCUAACCAUCUUUGACCUCUUCAGUUUGAUCACGUGUCUGAUCAGCUCCUGGGUGAGCAUGAAGAAGCCCAGCCAGGUCUUCUCUUUCGGGUUUGACCGUCUGGAGGUUUUGGCUGUUUUUGCCUCCACUGUGCUAGUCCAGUUGGGGGCCUUGUUCAUCCUCAAGGAGAGCGUGGAGCGCUUCGUGGAGCAGCCCGAAGUCCAUACCGGUCGCCUGCUGGUGGGCACUUUCGUGGCUCUCUUCUUCAACCUGCUGACUCUCAUGUCCGUACGCAACAAACCCUUCGCGUGCGUGUCCCAAGCGGCCAGCAGCAGUUGGCUUCAGGAGCACGUCGCAGAUCUGAGCAGAAGUUUGUGCGGGAUGGUUCCAGGGCUGAGCAGCGUGUUGCUUCCCCGCAUGAACCCGUUCGUCCUGAUCAACCUGGCGGGGGCGCUGUCGCUCUGCGUCACCUACAUGCUCAUCGAGAUGAACGACUUCAACAGCGUGGACACGGCGUCGGCGGUGGCCAUCGCCCUCAUGACCUUUGGCACCAUGUAUCCAAUGAGCGUAUAUAGCGGUAAAGUGCUCCUGCAGACCACGCCCUCUCACAUCAUUGGUCAGUUAGACAAGCUUCUACGGGAGGUGUCGACGCUCGACGGGGUGCUUGAAGUCCGCAACGAACAUUUCUGGACGCUCGGCUUUGGAUCUCUGGCCGGUUCCGCCCACGUGCGAAUCCGCCGGGACGCCAACGAGCAGCUAGUGCUGGCGCACGUGACCAAUCGUUUGCUGCCGCUGGUGUCCACGCUGACGGUGCAGAUCUUCAAAGACGACUGGACGAGGCCCCUCCUCACCGGAGCGCUGUCCCCCUCCUCCGCCCCGCCCCCAGCCGUCGCCGCCGAAGGUUUCGUCGGCCUUUCCUCUCUGCCGCCGCCGCAGUCGGAGCGCGUGACCUCGACGCCCUCCAAGCCCAGCAGCCCGCCGCCAGAGUUCUCCUUUGAAACGCCGGGCAGGAACGUUCAACCUGUGCUGCUCACGGCGGCCGCACACCAGGGCCCCCGCGGACCCUACGGGGGCCCGGCCUACGCCGGCGCUCUCCCGGGCUUCCGCGUGCCAGGACUGGCCGGCGCUGACGGGACCCGGUCGGUGUCCUCGCACGACUACAGGAACUUUUGGGGUGCCGUCCACCACCACAGACAUUACACCCCGAAAUGAAUACGAUACGAUGGACCAAUCAGAACUUUUGAGGACCUUGCAGAUGUUCCACAGGGGUUUUUUUUUUUUUUUAUGUUGAUUUUGGAAGACAACACCUGGCUUUCAUUUUGUAAGUGUAAAAAUUGUUAUACCUUAAAAUUCCCUGCAAGAGGUAAUAAACCAUAUUUAACGUUUUACCUGCUAGACAUGUUAUUUUUUUGAGUUAUCAGCAGCGGGUUCACCCUUGCGUGUUUCCGCAGCCCGGUUCCGUAUCGUCUCUCGGUCGUUGUGUGAUUCAGUACCACAGAACGGUUCUGCAUCAUCACGCGAUUCGGUUGUAUUCAAGAUGUAAUUCGGUAGCGCAAUUCCACGCUUUCGCGAUUCGGUAUCAUCAACUUCCUCUGUAACAUGACGCGAUUCCAUAUCAAUGCGUUUCCGUGACGUCAUCCCACGGUGUUGCGAUUCGGUAUCGACGCCUGCUCCCCUGUUGUCAUGGCAAUCCUUGUCGUCGUAUCGGGAUUUGAUUCCGUAUUAACUUGCAGUGCCUUACGGAUCAUUUCUGAACGUUUAUGAUCAUUUGAUGGGGGUGGAGGGGAUUGAAACGCACUGAAAACCUGAACCUGACCAAUAGAGAUUUUUUUUUUUUUUCUUUCCCCAAUUCGGUGCAAAAAUUCUGAGAAUCGAGUGUUUGGCUGAUUUGACUAGCUUAUUUUUUUCUCCCUUUUAUGGUUCAAACAAUAAAUACAGUAUAUGUAUGUAUAAAUACUGGAAGAAAAUUUAUCUGAAUUACAAUACUUAAUACUGUAGUAUUUGUGAAGGGCUGUCACAAUGCAACUUUUCUGGAACGGAUUAUUUUAUAUUUUAGCUCUUGUUGUUUUAGGCCGACGCGUCAUAUCGGUGUAUGAAUUUGUGUGCGAGGCUUUGUAAAUAA